AUGGGCGUUAAUCGUAUAUGGUCAGCUUUAAAAAAGGUAUCUGGCCCUAAAGCAAAUUGGCUAAGUGGAAAUCUGGAUGAAAUCGGUUCGCUAGAAAAAUACCUUAGUGCUGUUACUAACUUGUGCCAGAAAUAUCCUAAAAUGUUUCCGCUAUGGUAUGGCCCCACUAAUCCGGUCUUGAUGAUUAGCAGUCCCGUUGUAGCACGACAAUUUAAUAAAUCUGCUAAUACUAAAGAGAUAUUAGUCCAUCGAUUUACCCGCGAAUGGACUGGACCCGGGCUACUCUAUUCCAAUGGAGAACUGUGGGCAAGAAACAGGAAAUUAUUAACGCCUGGAUUUCAUUUUGAUGUCUUGAAACCUUACAUGGUUGUCUAUAAUGAAUGUACCGAUAUUUUAAUCGAUAAAUGGGUCAAACUUGCUGAAGUCGGUAAACCAUUCGAAGUUUUAGAAGAUAUGUGCUUAUUGGCUUUCGAUAUUAUUGUGCAAUGUGCUUGUUCAACUCAGUUAAAUCCUCAAACACAUGGCUCCAAGCAUCCGUUUUUAGUUGCAUCUCGUGAAAAUACCACCUUGACUGAAGCCAGAUUGUAUAAUCCACUCUAUGCUAGCAGUUUUAUCUAUGGAUUAUCUUCUAGUGGCAAGAAAUUUUACUCCAAUGUUGCUUAUUCUAGACAGUUUGCUAAAGAGAUUAUAAUUCAACGUAAAGCUGCUUUAGAAAAUCAAGAUAAUGUCAAUGAACACAGAAAACAUCUUGAUUUCCUCGACAUUAUGUUGACUGCUCAAGAUAGCGAAGGUGUAGGUAUGACUGUUGAUGAAAUUGUCUAUCAAGUCAUAACCUUUUUAUUUGCAGGACACGAUACAACAUCUUCCUCCCUGUCAUGGUUGUUGCACAGCUUAGCUGCUAAUCCUGAAUGUCAAAAGAAAUGUCGAGAAGAAGUGGAUAACGUACUUGGAAGUAGAACAAAUUUAGAAUGGCAAGAUUUAGCACAGCUCAAGUACUUAACCUUAUGCAUUAAAGAAUCGCAACGUUUACAUCCAACAGUACCCAUUCUAGGAUAUACACUUGGCGAAGAAAUGACGGUUGAAGGAUAUACAUUCCCUAAAGGCAUGGAUAUUGAAUUUCCUUCUUAUGUCUUUCAUCACGAUCCAAAUUGGUGGGAAGAACCGUGGAAAUUUAAUCCAGAACGAUUUACCGCAGAAAACUCAAAAGGUCGAGAUCCCUACGCUUUCAUGCCUUUUGCGGUCGGAACUAGAAAUUGUAUUGGACAAAAUUUUGCCUUGCAAGAACUAAAAUCAGUAGUUGCUAAAAUAUUACAGCGUUUCGAGCUAUCUACACCUAACUCAUCGUUUCAUCAUAUUCCUUCAUUGGUUUUAAAAAACAAGGAUGGAAUAUGGAUAUCUCUGAAGGAGAGAUGUUAA